UUUUGAGCUUAUUAUAAACUUUUGGUCUAAAAAAUAAAACCCCACAAUGAAUGUGACAAAUGAAGGCACUAACCCACAUAAAACAAGCUACUCUCUUCUCUCUCCUACCCCAUCAAGUCCACAUAUUGCCAAAAUACAUUCACAUGUCUAUGUUUUCUUGUGAAAAAGGAUAAAGUUCCUCCACUUUUGCUUACAGUUGUAUCUCCACCAACUACUACUACUACUACUACUAUCCUCUAUCCACACUCCAAAACCCAUCUUCAACUUCAUGGUAAAUGCUCUAUAAGCUAUUCAUUGAAGCCAACCAUUCAUAGGGAAAAGCUAUGUGGAAGUUUGUCUCUCAUCUCCCAAAAUUUGCUGCCAUGAACCUAAUGAUUCUCUUCCUUUUUUCUUCUCUGUUCAUUAAGGCAUUCUCUUUGAAACCUGAGCCAGCAAAAAAUAAUGCCCAGAUCACUGUCAUGGGCCUUGUUUAUUGUGACAUUUGCUCCAACAACAGCUUCUCCAGACACAGCUACUUCUUACCAGGUGCAGAAGUUCAAAUAGCCUGCAACUUCAGGGCAUUUGUUCCAAAAACAAGAGAACAAGUAUCAUUCUCAGUCAACAGAACUACAGAUAAACAUGGAGUUUACAGGUUGGAAAUACCAUCAGUUGAUGGGAUCGCAUGUGCAGAGGCAGCCAUUGCAUCAUCUUGCCAGGCAAGCUUAGUUGGGACCUCAUCUACUUCAUGCAACAUUCCUGGUCACAGAAGCACCACUGAUCAGAUAGCUAUCAAAUCCAGACACCCCAAUCUCUGCAUUUACAGCCUAACUGCGUUGAGUUUCAGACCAUCAAAAAGAAAUGUUGCCUUGUGUGGGAAGUAAAGCAACACUCCUUUACAGCAUCCAUAAGAAUAUUUCUUUUGGCAACUUUUCCAAUUUAUCUCUUUUUAAACACACAAAAAAGCCUUUUGUUUUUGAAGAUAAAUCCAAUCUCCUCAUCGUUAGCUAUCCUGUGUGAAGGUUCUUUCCAUUUCUCAGUCUGCACAUAAUACAAGAGAUGGAGAAACCUUAAAUUUUAAAUACCCUUUUGCCUGGCAGCAUUACUUGGUGCUCUUUAUAGAAGAAGAAAGGGCAAUCUAGUACUAAGCAUUUUCAUCCUUGCAUUGUUUUUAUGCUUUGUGUGAGCACAGUAAAUUGUGCCCAGGUCAAGCAUGUGGACACACAUGAAUAUUUACCAUAUUUUAUUUGGAUUGGUUUUUAGUUACAGUGUAUGAAAUGUAUGAUGUCACCAAAGAUAUGAGUAACAACAGUCUUUUAAUGAAA